AUGGAGACACUUGGAGACGGCUCUCGCUGCCAGUCCACCUCGGUGGAGCUGAGUGAAGCCGAGGCCGGACCAGGGACCGAACCAAAGACGGAGCCUAAGCUCGCACCGGUGGCGCCGACCACGACGUCCAAGGGAGGGCAGUGGGCAGCAACGCCGUUCGAGAUCGACAGGCGGCGAAAUUUCGCGAUCAUCUCGCACCCCGAUGCCGGCAAGACUACCUUGACGGAGAAGCUUCUCCUCUACGGUGGUGCUAUUCAGGAGGCUGGAGCCGUGCGGUCACGGUCUGAUCAGCGCAAGGCGACGUCGGACUGGAUGGAGCUGGAGAAACAAAGGGGAAUCUCGAUCACGUCGACCGUCCUGUCCUUCGAGUACGCCGGGAACCACAUCAACCUGCUCGACACGCCUGGUCACCAGGAUUUUUCGGAGGACACAUACAGGACCCUUGCCGCCGCCGACAAUGCGGUGAUGUUGGUGGAUGCUGCGAAAGGACUGGAACCGCAAACUCGCAAGCUCUUCGAGGUGUGCAAGCUACGGGAACUCCCCAUCUUCACGUUUGUGAACAAGUUGGACAGGCCAAGCCUCAGUCCGUUCGAGCUGCUGGACCAAAUCGAGCGCGAGUUCGGCAUGAAGAUGGCCCCUGUGCUGUGGCCUAUCGGCGACGGCGAAGAGUUCAAGGGGGUGCUGGAUCGCGAUACGAACACAGUCCACCUCUUCGAAAGGGCUGCCCGCACCAAGAAGGCGACAGACAUGCCGGAGAUCGACCUGCACGACCCCAAGCUUCCGGAGCUGAUCACGGAAGAGCUACACGAACAACUCCUGGAAGAUGUCGAGAUGCUCGACGAACUCGUGGAGCCCCUGGACAUGGAGCGCGUCCUCAUCGGGGAACAGAGCCCCAUGUUCUUCGGAUCGGCGAUGACCAACUUCGGCGUGGAGCUCUUCCUGAAGCGUUUCCUCACGAUCGGGCAGAAGCCUGCAUCUCGACGAAUGGGGGUGCAACACAGCCGAAUGAAGGGGAAGCAAGUCACCCUGGCCCAUGCCCAGCAGCUGUUUGCGCAAGAACGCGAAACCGUGCUGGCUGCUUACCCCGGGGAUGUCAUUGGCAUCAACAACCCGGGCCACUUCGCCAUCGGCGACACGAUAUUCACGGGCAGCAAUAAGAUCCGGUUCCCUGGCAUCCCUUCAUUCAGCCCCGAGUGCUUCGCCUACAUGCGAAACCCUAACCCAAGCAAGUACAAGAACUACCGAAAGGGACUAGACCAGAUGCUGAGGGAGCGGUCGGACGAUGGAAACGGCAACCCGAUCCUGGCGGCGGUAGGCACUCUUCAGUUCGACGGUGGGUCCGCCUGA